CCUAGGUUCCUCUGAUCAGCAGUUUGGGAAGAGGGUGUUGUCUGUCCCCAUUCUAGCCACAGCCGUUGUGUGUGUGUGUGUGUGUGUGUGUGUGUGUGUGUGUCCGUCCAUGUAUAAGUGUGUCUGUGUUCGCAUGUGUGUCCCUGAACCAAACAACUGGCUUCUCUCAGGCGCACCAGCAUGGGCCUCUUGUCAUGCGCUUGUCUAAUGUUGUCUUGUUAUGAAAGAUGUCACCGGGGGAGGCCAAAAGGAGGGGUGUUUCCCCCUUUUCUCACAGCUUCCAGGAAAGGAUGCAGGGUAGCCUGUGGGGAUGUGGCUCCUGGCUGAGCCUCACCCCAGUAGUGUUAUACAGGACCCCCCGAGUCGUUGGGAGAGGGGGGGCUGUUGCCAUGGUGGCCUGUGUGCAGCGAAUUCCUCCAGGGUGAAGUGGGAGAUAUUUAUACCCAGGGUCAGGGAGAGAGCGGGCAGGCAGCCGGGGGCAGGAGAGCGGGACUGUCCGGGUGCAGAGCGGCCACUGCUGAGGGCAAUGGCAUCUCCCGGCCACAUCCUGGCUCUCUGCGUGUGUUUCCUCACGGCCAGUGCAGAAGGUCCACAGGAACCCGAUCCAUUUACCUACGAUUACCACACCCUGAGGAUCGGCGGCCUCACCAUCGCUGGGAUCCUCUUCAUCCUGGGCAUCCUUAUCAUCCUUAGCAAGAGAUGUCGGUGCAAAUUCAACCAACAGCAGAGAACUGGGGAACCCGACGAAGAGGAGGGAACUUUCCGCAGCUCCAUCCGCCGUCUGUCCACCCGCAGGCGGUAGACCUUCCACCUGUCUCCAGGAGACUCAGCCAGGACCCCCUUGACACCUGACGCCUCUCCCCACCCAGCUGCUCUCCCGUGGCCACCUCCAGCGUCCCUUGCCUCAGCCCUGCCUCUCGGACACCCCUUUUACUGCUAAGACCUCCAAUAAAACUCGGUUUUCCCUCUUGA